AUGGAAGGGCUGAUCCCGUUCGUGAUUGACGCGAUCAGGAAGAGCCACGAGCGGAGCGGCUACCGCUCCGUCUCGUCGGACGGCGGCAGCUCCCGGGGCGGGGGCAGCAGGCGCCACCUCAUCGACUACUCGGAGCUGCCCGACGCCGCCGCGGCGAACGUCGGCGUCGACAGGCCGUCCGGCACGCUGCACCGCCGCGCGCGGUCGGGGGACGUGGAGACGAUGGCCGGGCGUCGCAACGAGGAGUACGCCAGGCCGGCGCCCAUGGUCGCCGGACCGGCUUAUCGCCGGAAAUAA